AUGCAGCAGAGGUGUCUAAUUACUCGGACCCUCCGACGCUAAUCGGGGGUGAUGAACCAGGUGAGCUUCAACGUCCAGACACGUCGAUAUCGAGACAAACUGACCCAAUCUGGAAGUCUUGCUUAUAACCACGACUGUGAUAUUAAAUCCGUGGAACAAAGCCUGUAUCCCUUCGCCUGAUAACGGUGAUGACAAUCACAGCCGAUAGCUUUUCGUUCAGUCAUCGCUCACGUGGGAAAAUCGAAGCUGAUGUGACAUGCGCAGAAGGUGUGUCGUCUGCUACAGGAGCCGCUUGCGCGUGGAAAGCGAGAUCAACAACGCUUAUCGAAGCCGGAGGCUGUCAGUUGGAGCUUACCUGGAGCCACCUGGAGCCAUCUGGAGCCAUGAACAACGGUCUGAAUUUGGCCUCUUGGAUGUUCAAGGACUAAGGCUUCAGUUUUGAGACGGGCAAUUUCGGCCACUCGGGAGCAUGGCAGACUGUUUGUCGGAGACGAGUACCCAUAAUGCAAUAGAGUUCUCCCGAAAUUCCACUCUGGUUGUGUACCGCUGUCGAUAUCAGUUCUACCUCGCUUCCGGGGACCUAGUGCGCAUGUGCAGGAAUGGAACAUGGACAGGAUCGGAGCCAUCGUGUCUUGUAGACAGCGUCCUGCCCAAACAGCUGCUUGUCCUUCUGAUCGUCGGGGUCACUGUGACCUUGUUCGCACUUUGCAUUCCACUGGACUUCUAUCGGUUCCGGAAACGGAAACGGGAAUGCCGGGAAAAACAACAGCGGAUUAAUAUGAUGGUUCGAAUCCAGCCCUUCCAUGCUAAAAUGAUGGGAGCCCAGGCCUCAAGCACCGAUGAAGAAGAUCCCCCACCCAGUCGGAGUUUUGGUCUAGGAUCUCUACUAGCUUUCUUCAGACUUGUCAGAAACAAGAGGAACCGAACAAAAAAAACGACUCCGUCUGAAACACCAACGGAAGAAGAGGUAAAAAUGAACACCCCUUCUUCAACCAACAGCCAGCCUGUUUUAAAACGUAAAGAGGAAUCUCCGGUUUUAAAGCCGCCAUUGCAACCUAUCCUAGAAACAAAUCAGAAGAAAAAGACUUCUCAUGACGCUUCAAGCACGAGCACUGAUCGCUUUGGGAACGAACUUCCAACCUUCCCAAGGGCAAAAUCUCUUGGAAGUGGAGUAGGGAAGGCUGUUUCUAAACCAGUCACGCCAAGGUCGGCUACUUUCACAGAUUCACGGAGUUUUUUGACAGAACAAAAAAAGAACCAUGUGUCAGGUAAGGGAAAUAACUCUUCAAAGGGAGAUAACUCUUGUCAAGCAGCCGAGAGCGUGGAUGAGAGGGGUGAUGACAUUGUUGGUGUUGAAAGGUCGAACACCAGACACCCCGCUACCAGGCCGUCCAAGAGCCUCGUUUUCAAUAACAGAUAUACUGUAACGACACGUGACUCAGACAGCGCCAUCUCCCCAUGUAAGCCUCUUCCGUCUGUCGGUUCAAGUCCCAGUCAUGCGCCGUUAUGUGCAGUCAACAUGGGAUUUUAGUUGACGUUUUUUUAAAUUAAAAUUCCGAAUGUCGAACCAAUUGUACCAGUAUUUAAACAUAUGUGUAAAAAACGAGUGUCAACCUUUUCGACAAAGGUAUUUUGGAGCAAUGUCGUGUUCAUUAAUAUUUUUAGUGAUAUUGAUCCACCCAAUCUUGAACCGUAGGUCGUAAUAGCAAUUGUGAGAAAAAUGUUUUAGUGGGUAGUAUAUUGGCCUAUGAACUGAGUGGUCAGUAAGGCAUUCAUUCGUGACUCAAAUGUGGUAUUAGUUUCUGGCGCAGGUAAACCAUGUUGUAAGCACCGUGUCGACUUUCAGGCACUGAACAAGCACCCGACAGUGUGUUCACGAAGACAUUCCUGGUGUCAAAGGAGCAAAAAGUGUGAUGACAAGAUAUGUCGGACCGAUAUGUCUACUACCAUAAUACGCCGACCUUCUUAUGGUCAAUUAUUGCGAAACUAAUUUCCUAGGUCAAAAUAAGUUCCUAUUGAUAGAAUGAGUAUAGUUAUAUGCCGCUUUUAUCAAUGUUUCAGACAUAUCAAGACGAGGGACAAACGUUGUACCCAUUUGGGGAAUCGAACCUUGUCUUCGAGUAACGGGCGAACGUUUAACAUGAUGCCAGCAUCGCUCCCAUCGCGUAGGCCUAUGUGUUGAACAACAAAACCUUUAUUCAUGCCAAACAUUUUGCCAAAGAAAUGACUACAGUAUA